GUGUUCGUUUAAGAAAAGGUUGUCCGUUCUUAUAUGCGGUACACUAAUACAAUGCAUGACAGCCGUGCCUACUAUGGAAUGCCAAACUGCCAUGAUCGAAUGUGAUGUGACUGAUACAUGUGGGUAUAUUAAAUGUGUCUCAAAGAUUGAAGGUUGUGAGUCUUUGCUUGAUGCUGCACAAGUUAUUGUUUGUGAUGUCAACAGUGAAUCAGGAUUGACUGAUGAAGUCGAGGAGUAUACAGAUACGGUCGCUUUCAAUCCUGCCAGUGAUGGAUGCAGGGCCGCCUUGAAUAUGUGUUCGUCACAGCUGAAUAGCACUAUGUUUGAGGACAUAUUCAAUAAUGACACAAAAAAGCCAAUGGUAUCGAUGAUGGGACCCGGCGAUGGCUUACAAUCUCUAUUGGGUGCGAUAUUCGGUGGUGACCUUAAUGAAACACUUGCCGAAAUUGAGUCCCAAUGUAAUCUGCUCGUCAAGGUCUCAAUCUGUGUCGUGAGUGACGAAGCAAAUAUUGCAUGUGAGAACGACGAAGGCUUUCCCGAAUUUCGUGCUGAACUACAGAAUAGUACAGCGCUGAUUAACAAUUGCUCUGCGGAAAUUGCGGUUUUACGAGAAGAAAUUGCUGACGGAUUGGGUGAAGGGUUUGAGAUUCCUGCGCUGGAUCUUGAUCUAUACGACUUGUUUGAUUCCAAUGGCACCGAUGAUACUAUGCCGAAUAUUGAAUUUGAAGGGCUGCUAGGAGAUUUGCCAGAGACUGACACUUUCAAUCCUACCAGCGACGGAUGCAGAGCGGCCUUAAAUGUGUGCACGUCAAACCUGAAUGGCACUUUGUUUGAGGACACUUUCAAUAAUGACACAAACAAGCUAAUGAAGUUGGGGACUCGCGAUAGUUUGCAAUCUCUAUUGGGUGCGAUAUUCAGUGGUGACAUUAAUGAAACACUUGCCGAAAUCGAGUCUCAGUGUAACCUAUUCGUUGAUUUUUCUAUCUGCGCCGUGAGUGACGAGUUAAAUGUUACAUGCGAGGACGAUAAAGGCUUUGCCGAUUUCCGUACUGAACUGCAGAAUAAUACAGCGCUGAUUAGCAAUUGUACUGAGGAAGUAGCGGCUUUGCGAGAAGAAUUUGCUAGUGGAUUGGGUGACCGGUUUGGUCCUGGGCUGGAGCUUAAUCUGGAAGACCUGUUUAAUACUAAUGCCACUGCUGAUGGCAUGCCAAACAUCGAUGUUGAAGGGCUGCUACAUGACAUAAUUAGGUCAAAUAUCAGCACUGUGGACAUACCUGGCGUUCAAGAAGGGUUCGAUAUCAAUACUCUUUUAGACGCGGCAUUGGGAAAUAGCUCAGGUUCGCCAAAUGGGAAUUAAAUGAGGGAGGUAGAAAAAUCGAUGUUUUUUAGAUGACUACCAACCCUGACAGCUAGCGAAUUAUAGGCAAAUGCGGUCUACUGAAGCUCAUUCCUAUAGCCACAUUUGCUCAUUUCUCUGCAAAUGUGAAAGUCAAUCCAUAUAGCCUGAUGCAUACUAUUAAAUUAAAUAAGCAUACCAUUAAAAAUAAGGAACGAAGGACAGCUCGCAGGCGAACUAGGUAUGAGAUGAGUGUACCGCAUAUGCGCUUCGUUUCCUUCGCAACACGCGUCGUAGAAAACUUCCAUCGAAGCGAAUGAAUUCGCAUUCGGAGUCAUAAAAAAAUCGCAGCCGUACAUAAAUUCAUAUCAAAUAAAUGUCAAACCGUCACUUUUCA